UACCAUAAGGCAACCAAGCGCUUGGAAACUAAUUUUCGAAAGGACGAGAUUCGAAAGUAUUUCCUCCAUGAAGAUAAGAACAGAGAAAAGUACGUGAUCACGUGGGAAAACGUGGGAGAACGUGGGUGGUGUAACCGUGGACGGUUGUCUUCCGAGAUGCGAUUCAACAAGCAAGAAUUGCUGACCUUGGCCACGCAACCUUCGCAGAAAUUCGAGAAAGAGGGUAUAUUGUACGUACGCGAGCGACAAGAAGGCUUCUUUCGCAGAACUGAGAGUACAGGUAAAAAAUCUGACAACAAAUGUCAAAAGGGAAAAACGCAUAAGACUCUGCGAGACCUCAGUUGUGUUACAGCCAGUACGAGUAAAGUAAGUUUGGAGAGAUGGUGCAGAUUACGGGGGAACCUGUUGUUUUAUUUCAAGUCGCGGGAGCAAUGGUCCGAGCCCCUUGGAGUGAUAAUACUCGAACAAUGUUUCGUUCGAGUGGAGCAACCGAGCAAUCAGAUCCCUUAUGGAUUCAGUAUAGUUUUCGACGGAGGUUUAUUCCAAGCGUUGGGUGCAAACUCGGCUGAAGAGAGGGACAGUUGGUUGCAGGCUCUUCAGCUGGCCAGCUACGAAUGUAUGCGAAGUCAAUUAUUGGCGUUGCAGCAGCGAAUAGAAGCGUUCAGUGGGCACAAACACGACACCGAUAUUCAAAUGUUGCGGCUGCAACGUGGAGUUUCAACAGGCGUUGUUUCUGAUCGGUUCGUUGCUUCAGACCCCGCCGAAAUACCGAUGUGCGAGAUAUCGUUGGCAUGCGACAACCUCCUCUGUGACGGUCACGGCCGACCACCUAACCCUGUUCUAGAGAUAGACGUGCAAGUUAAAGGUUCCAAGACAUGGAUAAAGUACGCGCGGACCGAGGUAGUGGAGCGAAGCAGCAAUCCCGGCUUCCUCACGACCGUCAGCUUCAGAGCGAGCGACGGUUUGACCAGCGAGGAGACCAAAGUUAGGAUAACCGCGUUCGACGUUAGGGAGCGCGUAAGUCAAACUGCGACACCGAUCGGCAGCGCGAUCGUAACGUUGAACGCCGUUCAAGAUACCCCGAGGCUGAGGAUACCGUUGAAAUCGGCGAAAACGACCACCGUCGGCUUUUUAACCAUCAAUGUUUGGAACUUAGAGGCAGAGGACAGGGGAAACAGUACCGAGAGCACCCCGUCGAAAGAGCCUCUUUCCACGGCGAACCAUCAGAUCCUCUCGCACAGACGAUCCCAAUCGUUGCCACCUAGACUGGGAACGAAGAUCAAGUUGCCGCAUCAGGGACAGUUGAAGCUCUUGUUCUCCAAUCCGUACAUACAAACGUACAGAUUUCACUCCGGCUUGGGUGGAGAUAUUUGCGUGCAUGAAAUCAUGGCAGAGAGUAAACUUUGUUUCCAAUUCCCGCAGCAUUUACUCGCAAUAUGGAUCCAAGAGGAGAAAGAACUGCUACAAGAAGUGGCUGGUAUGGGCGAACUGAGGGAGCCUUGGCAUACCAAGCAAGUGGAAUUGCUCGAUCGUCAUCUUCAUCUUUUACACCUGUACUCGCAAGCCAAAGAGAAUUUGUCGACUUUCAAAGGAAGUUAUUUCAAGCGAUCGUCGCGUAGAAACGACAGAACGCUCGAGUUCGCACCUGUUAAUUUGCAUCUUCAAAGAAUGUGGGUUCAUAACGAUACGUUGAACAAAUGCGGAUUUUACGACUUCAUUACCGUCGGAGCAUUCACCGCGCAUUCCCAUAAGAGUAAAAACGGAGGCCUCAUAAGGUUACUGCAAGCUUUAAAAGAGUCGCCAACGCGCGGCAAUCAGCUAUAUCAGGGAACGUCGAAAAUAACGAUGGCGCAUGAUGCAAUCCAGGCGAUAAAGCAACUUCGACGAGAUAUUGUCGAAGCGAUGCGCGCCCUGAUGAAACUAGCCAAAGACAAACAGACCAGUGGGAUGCUGCCCAUUUGCGAAGAUAUGAUCACCAAGACUAGAAUUUUGCUCAGCCUUUGGGAUCCAGGUUUGGUCGAGGAAGCGUUAACUUUUCUCGAAGAAUACAAGGUGGCCAAGGUUCACGAGGCCACCAACAGCGACGAUUCUCUCAAUUUCGACUCGAAGACGAACCAAUCUGGUUUGUCUCCGUUCAAACGGAUCACGCAGCAGCUCAAUUUCGACCUGAAAAGUCCAGACUUUGACGACUUUGUCACACCCGAUACUCCAGAAUGCGUCAAGGAUCUAUGGACGAAAGAAAACGAGAAAAAUGAUUACGCGACCGUGACCGCGACCGCGACCGCGACCGCGACCACCACGUCUUCCUCUUCCUCCUCGUCCUCCACCUCGUCAUUGUUUCCGUCAAAAGGUGACGUCGUCCACCACCUGAAUCACACGCAAUCGAAUUGCGUCGCUACCAAGAUCGACAAUGUCGCCGAAACGGCGACAAAGGAAAAUUUUCCCACCUUUCCAAAAGUCAAAAACGAUACCAAAGAUUUGAAAAGUGGAGGUGGUGGUUGUGUGGAAACGACUCGUCACGAUAAUGGGAAUAACAAAGGUUCCCUCAACGAUACCAAUAACGUUAUUACCACGAAAGAAGAAGGAAAAGAAGAAGAGGAAGAAGAAGAAGAAGAAGGAGACGAAGAACCAAAGGACGUGGAAGGGAAAAAAGCGGAGGAGGAGGAUGUGAAGAAGAGUGAUAUCGAUCCGUGUAGACGUUUUCUAGACACACAAAAGAUGUGCAAUUCACCGUCUGCCAAUUAUUACAAACCCACCGACGAACCUGAACCCUGGGAUCUGACGCAACUAAAUAUCGAAGCGAGCGUAAUGUGUUUAGUGUCGAAAGUGAAAUUUCUCUGCGGAAGGUGCAGCAGCCCGGCUGUACGGCUUCGGAAUAAAAACAGCAUAGGUAGAUCGCACAGUUUAAGAGGAUGCGUUUCGAGCAGUCGUAACAAAAGUGGGCAAGUGGUGACGAUUCAACCGAAAAACGGGCUGAGAAACGACGCAAAGAACGAAGAAUCUUGCAAUCUACUCGAAAUGGCGGAGAAUCGGUCGAAUUCGGUUCGGCAACAACAGCCGAGUCCAAGUUCGGAGAAAGCGACGAUGAUGCCAGCCUUUUCGAAAGCCAAAGAAGUGUGCCAAGCGGUCGACUCGAUGACGAGAGUGAUUAAAAGCAAUUCGGGACAAAGGAACAAGUUCACCGAGGGUCUGGAUUUCGCCUCUAUCGUCGAUUGGACGAGCGAACUUCGACCUUCGAUGAAAAAAUUACGGCAAGCCAUGGAUGGUUUGUUGAAAACCGCUCGACUCACGCAUUCGGUGUUUAGGGUGCAAGAAGACGCGAAGAUGGCUCAACGCGCCUGUAACGUUCGAUACAGGCGAGACGUGUGCUUCAGUCAAGCGUUGACCAGCUUGGUAUCGGGAUUGAUGGCCAAGCUUUGGUGUCAAAGACCCGAUCCGAUGUUUCUUUUGAUUUUGACAACUCUUGGCCCGUUGGUCUCGUUCGAAGGGCUUCUCAGUUACUACGGCGACGAGAUAGACAUGUGGGGAGACAUGACCGUCGCGGUAGAGGAUAUGCAUACGGUGACUUUCACGUUGACCAGAUGCGGCAUUCAACCGAGGCUCGAGGGAAACUGUAACGUGCCAUUUCAACAGCCGUUGCCUAGGGUACUUGGUUCUCGUACAGCGUUGACGGUCGUACUUCCUGUGCCGGACGCAAUCUAUUCCCUCCUACCGUUAGUCCCCUCUUCCAGGCAGACCAUUUCUUUCAACGUCACUCCCGUCUUCUUCAACGUCGGUAUCAACGAGACGGCCUCCCUGGCGGAGAGCCUCGGUACCACGAAACCUCAGGAAAAGAGCAAUAUGGACAAUUUCGAGAGACUCAACGAGUAUUACUUGCGAUUCAAGAAGCUCAAUCUACCAACGGAAACGUCCUCAACUCGACUGGGCGCAAGAUCACCGCUCGGUCAAACGUUAGCCGAGUUAAUAGCUAACCUGAAAGCAACCGUUCAGACCAAAGUAAACAAGAACGUGGAAAUCUUGCAAUUAUCGUCGAAAAUUUGUCGAAGAAUGCGCGGUUUGAGGUUCACUAGCUGUAAAAGUGCAAAAGAUCGUACUGGUAUGUCGAUCACGCUGGAGGAGGUGAACAUCUUGACCGACGAGUAUCAUCUGGCUGAACACGAGUACACCAGAGCCAUCGACUGCAUGCGAAGCGAAGGGUGUCGACGGGAGAAUACGUGGAAAAAUAUCGGAAUUCGGAAAUAUGCGUUCAACAGCCUGCAAAUACUGACAUUUCCGAAACUGUAUCGUCCGCCGACCGGAACUUAUGGAUCGGCACAAACUUAAGGAAAAGUUUCCUUAGUAACAAACGCAUAAUUCUUCCAGCAUUGAUUCCACGUGAUAUCAAUACGACGG